AUGUUGUUCUACGCGAUUGUUAGUGCAAUUAGUGUUGCAGUAAUAGGAUUAUCCGCAACUGAAGAAUCUACGCUUCGACUACCAGAAUUUGACUUUCCAUCUUUGGACCCAUUAGUUUACAAAUACGGUAAAGUUUUGUUAAAUUCUGAUGAAAUACGAGGAGAAUUAAUUAUAUCAAAUGUUACUUGCAUUGGAAUAUCAAAAGCUCAUUUUUCUGAUGUAAGAACGCAUUUUCUUGAUGACAUUUUCCAUUUAGAAAUUGAUGUACAAAUACCAAAAGUGUUUAUAAAAGGUGCCACAAAAAUAAAUGCUUCUUUAAAUAUAUUUAAACUUGUUACUGAAGGUUAUUUCAAUUUAACUGUUGAGAAUGUUAGAACAAUAUGGGACUUAAAAGGACAUGUUGUAAACAAUAUAUGGAUUAUAGAACAUUUUCUUAUCGCCCCAUCUCUUGGAAAUUUUAAAGUACAUUACAACUGUUCGAUAGAAGAAGAAAGAGAAUUUUAUAAUAUUGUCAUAGGUUUUAUAAAUGAAUACUGGCCACCGAUAUACCGAGCAGUAUUACCAUUCUUAUCCAAUGUAUGGGAGCCGUUUUUAAUUGACAUUGCCAAUAAAUUUUUCUCAAAAGUUUCCUUCUCAAAUGUGUUUCCAUAAAAUUUAUCAAAUUUAUUACACGUCAAUACAGUGUAAAUUCCUUAAAAUUAAAACAUUGAACUUUAUAAAUAUAUGGGCUAUUUCUUUGAGAUUGUAAAAGUUAGUCUUUGUCUUUUUAAUAAUGUAUAUGAUCAAAACAAUUAAUAUAAUAAUAAUAAUAAACUAAUUAAAAUAUUAA